UAUAAAAGUAAUAAAUAAUAAAGGACCUAAAAUGGAUCCUUGAGGGACACCGCUAGUGCAGUGUUUUUCCUCGGAGUAUUGAUUGGAUACACGCACAGUAAAUGUGCGAUUUGUUAAGUAAUCAUUUAUCCAGGAAAGAAGAUUCCCUUGAAUUCCCACUUUAUAAAGUUUUGAAAUUAGAAGUGUAUGAGGAACGGUAUCAAAGGCCUUAGCCAGAUCAAAAUAAAUUAUAUCAACGGAAUUUUUAUUUUCCAAAGCAAAUGUAAAAUCGUCCAUCACCUCAAGUAAUUGGGUUGAGACUGAGUGAGAUUUACGGAAACCAUGCUGGCAUGCAGGUAGAAUAUUGUGGGAUUCGAUAAAUGAUUGAAGUUCAUUUGAGAUUAUUUUUUCAAGUAUUUUUGAUGAGGAACAGAGAAGGGAAAUUGGUCGGAAAUCUAUUGGGUAUUGUGGAUUUGUUUUCUUUGGGAUUGGAUUUAUAAUAGCUUUUUUCCAAAUUGAUGGUAUUUUAGAGCUAAGAAUUGACAAUGAGAAAAUAUGAGUAAGAGGGAUAACAAGUGCAUCUCUACAUUUUUUGUAGAAGAUGUUUGGAACACAGUCAGGAGAUGUAUUAUUGGAAUUUUCGAGCUUAGAUAUUGUAUCGAAGACUAUUUGUGGGUCGAUGGAAAUUGUUUUGAUUGUUGGUAUUUGAGGAUGGCGUGAGAGAAAAAAGGGUUGAGAAGAAAGAUUUUGAUUGGAAAAGACAGAUACGAAUUGAUCGGCCAAAAUAUCUGAUUUAAUUUGGUUUGAGAAAAUGAGUUGAUUAUUUUGGCCGAUGAGAGAAGGCAUGUUUGGAUUUUUAGGUUUUAUGAAUGAUGAAAUGUAAUCAAAUUUUGUUUUGAUAUUACUGAGUUUUUUGUUUUCCCUAUUUCUUAUAAAUUUGGAGAUUUCAUAUUCAAGUUUAUUAGAAGUUUCUAUAAAUUUUUUCUUAAUAUGGGGUUUGGAGAUCCCUUUCCAUAAAUUUUUGCGAUAUUGGUGAAGUCGUUGGAUAUGAGCUGGAAAGUGUUCAAAAGAAUCUGAUUUGUUUGAUAGGGGUACACAUGAUCGGAUAAUAGUGUGAAGAAAUGAUAGAAACUUAUUAUAGCAUGAUUCG